AUGAAGAAACAGGACCUUCAGGAGAGAUCAAUGGCAAGUGAUCCUUUCAACCCGAGAAUAAUAUCGCGCAAAAGACAAUGGGCACCGAAAGUAAAGACUGGCUGCGCAAAAUGCCGAUCUCGGCGCAUCAAGUGCGAUGAAGCUAAACCAUCAUGCAAGCGAUGCACCACCGCCCGCAUCGCCUGCGACUUUGCCACUGCAUCCCCAAAGACCAGCUUGGUCCCGAGUCUGACAGCCUCAGUAUCGCCACUCCCGAGGAGGCCGACAGUAGACGAGCGCGAGCUAAAUCAUUUGUUCCGAACAAAACUCAUACUUCACUGCUCGGAUGAGUUCAACGAGGACCUGUGGAAAAUUCACAUCCCGCUCGCAUCGCAGAGCCAAGCGCCCAUCUGGCAUGCCAGCAUCGCCUUUGCGGCGUUGUGGCGGUACCAGAUGGCCAAGUCGAGCAGCGACACGCUGUUCAGGCAGAAAAUCUCACUCGGAAGCCGGAUCUGUCCAUGA